CUUCCUUCCUUUGCUCCCCCAAUUCCAAUUCCACCCCGGGGGGCUUCCAUUUCUUCCUCCUCGCCUCCUCUCCUGCCGGCAGCCUGCUAGGGUUCAGGGUUUUGCGGCCACCAUGCACCACCACCUGUCGCGCCUCCUCAGGCGCCGCCUCCUCCACCCCGCCGCCUCCGCACCCUCCGCCGCUGCCUUCUCCACGUCCUCCAAGAAAACCUACGCGCGCCGGGCCAAGCCGCCGCCACCGGAGCCCGCAAGCGCCGGGGACGAUGUGCCGGCCGCCUCUCCCGUAGCGGAAGCGGCGGCCGCGGAGGCGGAGGCGAAGGCCGCGUGGCAGAGGGAGAAGCUCCCGGGCGAGCUCCCGCGGCCGCCCACCAUCCCGUUCCAGCCCAAAGUGGCCAACACCGUGCGCCUCGUCGGCACCGUCGGCGCCCCGGUGCACUUGCAGCGCACGGCCGACGGCCGCUUCUCCGCGGUCUCCGUGCUCGUGCAGGACCGCCGCCUCGACUUCCCCAGAUUCUGGGUUCCCAUAGUUUUCAAAGACGACUUGGCACAAAUAGCUGCUUCCCACUUGAAAGAAAAUGAUCUUGUCUAUGUGUCUGGGCAAUUAACUUGUGAUGUUCCACCUCUCAAGCUUGAUGAUGGCCAAGCAAACAUUCAGGUUUUAGCACACUUACUGUCAUUUGUUGAUAGUAAAGUUGUUGAAACGGAUGUCGUAAUCGAUGAGGAAGAAGGAUUUACGGAAGUCGUCGAGGCUGAAAAGAAAGUUGAAGAAAAAAGAGUCAGCUCUAAAUAUCCACCGGGCAAAGUUUCAGGUUACAAAAGCAAGUGGGAUAAGUUCAAUAAGCUGUGGAAUGAUGUUAUAACUAGACCACAAGAUUGGACUGAUAACCGGCCACAAAAGAAGAAUGGAUCUAUAAGUGCAAAAUAUCCUGAUUUUAAGAACGAGGUUUCAAAAGAGGCACUCUGGCUCGACAGUGCACCAACCGCAGUGCUUCAAAAGCUGGAUGAUUUGGUCUUCAGUAGUGGUUAUGCUGCAAGCAAAGAAGAUAAACCUUACAGUACCGGUACAAAUUGGUCGAAAUUUAGGAAGAGCCCAGAUGCUUCUGCUGUGUCAAAACUAAAACCUGGAGAGGAGGAGUUGUGGCGAGACCUCCUGGACAAUCCAGCGAAUUGGUGGGACAACAGAGCAGACAAGCCCACACCAAAAUAUCCUGAUUUCAAGCACAAGGACUCGGGCAAAGCUCUGUGGAUAGGAACCAAGUCACCUCAAUGGGCUAUCGAUGCCCUUCCACCCUUGAAAUUUAAGGGAGGCAGCAUGGGUGCAAGAAAGCAAGAGACCUUGCUGUCAUGAAUCAUGAUGGAUAUAAGAGCUUGGCCUAAGUGUAAGCCCUUAUCUGUGCUAUAUGCACAUCUCCAUUACUAAAUAUUGGGGCUGUCUUUGCGUAAAGGCGUGUGGAAAUUAUCUUAUAAUUAUACAUACUAACACCUGAUUCGGGUAGAGUACUAAACAAAAUUCAGGUUGAGCCAUUUCGUGUCAGGAUCAGGAUGUAAAUAGUUUCCAAAUUGAUGCUAAUGCGUAUUGUCACAUCCUGUCGGCGUAAUUCAUAUACCUUUGAAGCCCC